CCACUUGGUUCAGUUCCUAAUGUCCUUGACUGGUGGCGUGAUAAUGCACCCUGUUUCCCAAUCCUUUCUCAAAUGGCCUGUGAUUUCCUUGCAGUUCCAGCAAGUGGUGUUGGUGUUGAGAAUCUUUUCAGUACUGCUUGGGAUGUUUGCCACUAUUGCCGUAACCGCCUUGCGCCUGAAACAAUUGAAGCAAUUAUG